AUGAGCGACACGCUGAAAAAGAUUCAAGAUUUUUUGCGCAAAACGCACGACGAUGCCCUCGUCAAGGCGAAAAAACCGAUCGCCAUCGUCGCCAUGGUGCUGAACAUCAUCUUCCCCGGAGUGGGGACGCUCGUCGCGUGCGUGACCGCAAACAAAACGUUCGAAGGGUUGAAGUGUUUCGCGAUGAUGUGGUUGAUGUGUUUCGUGUUCUUCGUCGGAUGGGUGUGGAGCAUCGUGCACGGGGUGCAGUUGUUCAUGAAGGCGAGCGCGUGA